CUGUAUCUACAGUUAGAACAGAAACUAUUCGUUUGGUUGUCAUCGUUAUAGAUGGCGGGUGAUUCAUCAUCCGAUGCGUGACAUUAAACGUUGAAUGUUGUACAUCGAACAAUUUCGUUAAUUGGUACGAGCGCAGUUUGUUAUUCUUAUGAUACUGGGCAGGACACAAUAAUGUCGGUAGCACAAGAUCGGCCCGAACUUUACGAAGAGGUGAAACUCUACAAGAAUGCCAGAGAAAGAGAAAAGCACGACAAUCAAGCAGAUUUGUACGCCGUCGUUAAUACUCUGCAACAUCUGGAGAAGGCUUACAUCAGGGACUGUGUCACGCCGAAAGAAUACACUGCUGCUUGCAGCAAACUGUUGGUGCAAUACAGAGCCGCUUUUAAACAGAUUUCGUUUCAGGUGCAGAGCGAUCAGUUUCCUACGAUAGAUGCUUUUGCCAGGGCGUUUAGACUGGAUUGUCCGGCUGCUCUGGAAAGAAUCAAGGAAGACAGACCCAUCACGAUAAAAGACGAUAAAGGAAAUACUUCUAAAUGUAUCGCGGACAUUGUAUCCCUGUUUAUAACAUUGAUGGACAAAUUAAGAUUAGAAAUCAAAGCCAUGGAUCAGCUGCAUCCGGAUUUGAGAGAUUUGAUGGACACUAUGAAUCGUUUGAGCAUAUUACCGAGCGAUUUCGACGGGAAAGAAAAAGUUGCAGAAUGGUUACAAACAUUGAAUAACAUGUCCGCAUCCGACGAGUUAUCCGACACUCAAGUAAGGCAACUGAUCUUCGACUUGGAAACAUCUUACAACGCUUUUAAUAAAGUUCUUCAUAACUCCUAAUCGUGGUAGUUUGGUCGAACCGUGCCGCGUCGCGCUGUACUUUAUCUUGUAUAUCGGUUCGUUCCUUUUGCAUUGUCCGCGAACGAUACGACCGAUUAUGUUUCUCAAUACUGU